GCCCUCGCUUUGUAAAAAUGUGACCAUAUAUUCUACUUCGUCUUCUUUUGCCCUUUCGUUGGCCCUUUCGAGCUCGUUUAUUUAUAUCAGUACCUUUUAAAUGAUGGAUCGAUUUCAUCCAAUCCUCGUUUGUGUGAUUCUGAUUGUAACACUCGACUAUUGGUAUCAUUCUCAUUGGAAUGUUCCCCUUCUUCAUUCUUCAGUCUCCUUGGCAAACCAUUUCAUUUCCGAAACAAGACCCAGCCGCUUGGAUCGUGCGUCUUGUACAACACUUCCGACUGGGAGCAUGAAUACAGACCCCAGGUGUUCGUGUGCCUACCCCAAACAAGUCUACACGUCCAACAGAUCUCGCAACUCAUCACACUCAGCCCGCUCGCAACAGUGCAUUUCCGAAUGAUCAAAAUCAAAGAACGUGAACCCUUCCGCGGCUCAAGGUCACCAUGCCACGCAUCCA